AUGUCGGCAAACCCGCAUAAGAAAGCUGAUGCUGAAUCCAUUCUUACUUGGAAUUAUUUUGGUGAAAAAGAAAAGCCACUAACUAAUGGUUUCUUCCAAAGGAGCCAAUGGGUAAAGAAAGCAGACAAGGGUUCCAAAAAACCAUUAGGCCGAGAUUCCAUUGAUAUCAAAAUCAACCCAACUUUGAA